AUGGAUGACAAUGAGGAGGUUAAGAGUGAUGUGAUUUAUGUCGGUAAUCUGCCGAAAACACUCACAGAAUCGCAUAUAAGGACAUAUUUCAAUCAAUUCGGUAAGGUCGUCAAGAUAAGGCUCAUGAUAUCAAAAAAGACUGGUAAUUCAAGGGGCUAUUGCUAUGUACAGUUCGAGAACCACGAGAUCGCAGCAAUCGCCGCCGACGCCAUGAACAACUAUUUCAUAGACGGACGGGUACUGAAAGUACAUGUCAAAGAAAAGGGUGAACAUAUGCGGAAAAUAUUCCGGAAGGGGAAACCGAUUCUACCGCGUAAGAGACAGCUAGUUCUACGUGCAGCGCGAGCUGAAGCAUCGCUCAAAUCUGCCGAGGAUGAUGUUCGACAGCUAUUAGAAGGCAAGGAGAAGAAUAAUGAAACUGAUUCGUCGAGUAAAGAACAGCUUAAAGCAAGAUUACAAUCAGCUAUUGAGAAAAUGGAAGCUAAGCAACGCAAACUAGGUACCGAUAUCUACUCUGCGACUAUAGAGAAAUAUAACCAAGCACUACAAUUGUUACAAACAACAGAUAAAUAA